GGCGGGCUCUCGGUGGUGCGGCCGGCGGGCGGCUAUGGCGGCCGUACGGGGCCUGCGAGUGUCGGUGAAAGCAGAGGCCCCAGCGGGGCCGGCCCUGGGCCUCCCGUCGCCUGAGACGGACUCUAGUUUGGAGCGUGGCGAGCCGGAGCCCAUGGAGGUGGAGGAGGGCGAGCUGGAGAUUGUGCCGGUGCGGCGCUCACUGAAAGAACUGAUCCCGGACACAAGCAGAAGAUACGAAAACAAGGCUGGCAGCUUCAUCACUGGAAUUGAUGUCACCUCCAAGGAAGCAAUUGAAAAGAAAGAACAGCGAGCCAAGCGCUUCCAUUUUCGAUCAGAAGUAAAUCUUGCCCAAAGAAAUGUAGCCUUGGACCGAGACAUGAUGAAGAAAGCAAUCCCCAAAGUGAGAUUGGAGACAAUCUACAUUUGCGGAGUAGAUGAGAUGAGUACCCAGGAUAUCUUUUCCUAUUUUAAAGAAUAUCCUCCAGCUCACAUUGAAUGGUUGGAUGAUACCUCCUGUAAUGUUGUCUGGCUGGAUGAAAUGACAGCCACACGAGCCCUUAUCAAUAUGAGCUCUUUGCCAGCCCUGGAUAAGAUAAGAAGCAGGGAUGCCAAUGAGGACAGGUCAUCUGAGAAAAGUAAAAAAGACAAGCAGGAAGACAGUUCAGAUGAUGAUGAGGCCGAAGAAGGAGAAGUUGAAGAUGAGAACUCCAGUGAUGUAGAGUUGGACACAUUGUCUCAAGUAGAAGAAGAGUCUCUGCUAAGAAACGAUCUUCGUCCAGCUAACAAACUUGCUAAAGGAAAUAGGUUAUUCAUGAGAUUUGCUACAAAAGAUGACAAAAAGGAACUUGGAGCAGCCAGAAGAAGUCAGUAUUACAUGAAAUACGGGAAUCCAAAUUACGGAGGCAUGAAAGGAAUUCUUAGUAAUUCUUGGAAGCGAAGGUAUCAUUCCCGUCGCAUUCAGCGGGAUGUGAUCAAGAAGAGAGCCCUGAUUGGGGAUGACGUUGGCUUGACGUCCUAUAAACACCGACAUUCCGGACUAGUAAAUGUUCCGGAGGAACCCAUUGAAGAGGAGGAAGAGGAGGAGGAGGAAGAGGAAGACCAGGACAUGGAUGCAGAUGACAGAGUGGUGGUAGAGUACCACGAGGAGCUCCCAGCUCUCAAGCAGACCCGGGAGCGGAGCACAUCGAGGCAGUCCAGUGCCAGCAGUUCAGACUCCGAUGAAAUGGACUAUGAUCUAGAACUGAAAAUGAUUUCCACUCCUUCACCAAAGAAAAGCAUGAAAAUGACCAUGUACGCUGAUGAAGUGGAAUCUCAGUUGAAAAAUAUUAGGAACUCCAUGAGGGCAGAUACUGUAUCCACAAGCAAUAUCAAAAACCGAAUCGGUAACAAGUUACCGACUGAGAAAUUUGUAGAUGUCCGGCAUCUGUUAGAUGAAAAACGUCAGCACACACGUCCACGGCCACCAGGCAGCAAUACUAAAUCAGAUAUACGCCAGCGGUUAGGAAAAAGACCAUAUUCUCCAGAAAAGGCUUUUAGUAGUAACCCAGUCUUUCGGAGAGAGCCUUUUUCUGAUGUACAUAGUAGACUGGGUGUUCCCAGGCAAGAUGUUAAAGGCCUCUACUCUGAUACUCGGGAGAAGAAAUCAGGUGGUUUAUGGACUCGCUUAGGAUCUGCACCCAAGACCAAAGAAAAGAACACGAAGAAGGUGGAUCACAGAACACCAGGCACUGAGGAAGACGACUCUGAGCUGCAAAGGGCAUGGGGGGCUCUGAUAAAGGAGAAAGAACAGUCUCGCCAAAAGAAGAGCCGCUGUUACCAGCACCCUUUUCCCAAGAAAAGUCAAUUCCCAGGUGCUUAUUGGACAGCCUUCGAGGGGGAAGAUGAGGGAAGCUGCCAGCUCACCCUUCCAGGACCCUAGUGUCGGGGCCGAAUCUCAUGGACCUGACUACAGAGGUGCACCAGUGCCGCCCAGGUAGAUAAGAGAUGCAGCGUCGAUCGUGCUUCCAUUCCUUCCUGGGGAUUUCUGUUAGGGGCCUCUUCGUAGCAAUCAGCUUGAAGUGAAGAUCAAGUUCAGUGCUGUGGGAUUUUUAGGAACAAAAAACUGUGACUUCUGGAUUUGGGGUGGACUUUUGUGCUAGGGGUGGGGUCAUGGGUUAAUGUUGAACAAUUUUUAAGUCUGUAUUAUGUUUAAAAAUAUUAAUGAUUUAAAAGUUAAAAUUUUUAAUUUUUAUAUGUGAAAAUACUUCCUGUUGGCUACAAGGGAAGCUCAAGUGGUGUCUUAUGUGUGCUGUUAAAUAUAUAUUAUAUACUUUGGAAGAAGGCAAAGAGAGGAGUCUCAUUAUUUUUAAAUGAUCCUAAUUGUAUAGUCUGUCUGUUGUAUAUAGAAUUCAACUUGUUUUUUGGCCACUGUAGGGAAAAAAAAAUCCAUCCAUCAGAGAUGGGGUCCUGUUGUUUAUUAUCACUUCAGAAGUGAUACGUUGGUAUUUAUUCUAUUUCCAAGUUCUGGCACCUGAAGUUAUCUUUAAAACUGGCUAAUAAGAUCAUAGUUAUGGAAAUUUUAGUUUGUUUAUUUCUUGUUUAUUUCUAAACUCCUUUCAGAUUGUUUUAAAGGCAGUAGAUUAUUUUGUCUUCCUGUUUGAUCUCUAUCUUGAAGUAUUUAAUGUUUAUAUUCCUUUGCAGGCUUAAAAAUAGUGUUUCUCUUCAAUUCACUAGAAUUUAGUAGGAGUUAGAGAUUAUAAACCUUUGUCCCUUUGUGAUGUCACAGCUCUUCACCUGUCUGGCGUGUUUCAGUACCUAGUGUAGCCCUGGAUUCUAGAGAUCUUUACUUGUGGCUGAGCUGAUGGUCGCAUUGAUAGUUGAUUACAGUAUGGUAUGAUUGAAUGCAGAAUGCUGCUGCUAAUAAAGAAAAUAAAGGGCUGUGGGACUUAAGAGCUGCAA